AGUAUAUCUGUUACGACCCUUAUACUUAUUUCAGCAGGGAUACUCCGUGAUCAUGAUUGAGGUCAUGUCUGUCCUGUAUGGAAACGUCUGCUAAUGAUUGUAAAUAAGGACUGUUAUUACGUAGCAGUACGUAUCAAGAGCUUUACGUUUGAGUCCUUUGCGUAUGGUAACUAGGGCCUAGGUGCUACCCGCGGACGCAACCAUGCAAGCAGGAGUCUUCAGCUCGCCAAAGAGGGUUCCACUGCUCAGUCCACCGCUUGCUUGCGUUUCGCCCCAAGCACGGCCGUGUCUCACAAGUGGGCGUUCAGAGGGCUCGCCGUGGCGAUCGUCAACCGCGUACAUCCGCCCGGAGUUGAAGGCUGAAGCCGCUCAUGCCCACGGUCAGCCUUUUACGGGCGUGGUAGACCAGGCGCCGUCAAUAUCCAAUGCUGCAACAACCAGCCCAUUCUCUGCAGCAACGCAGCGGGCCCCUGGGAAUAACAAUUCCGGCUUCGUCCAAGAAGGGCAUGUUCCAACCCCAAACCCAGGCGCAGAAACGGGUGCCAGUCAGGAUGUGCUCAGCAGCGCCGCACAGGCGUUGAUGCGCCGCCUGCAAACAACCCUGGACGGCAUGGGGUCUUCCAUCGCGCAAAUCCUCUUCGACGGCACGGCCGAGAACUGGUCGGGCUGGGAAGCUGGCCAGCUGGUCACUGUGCUGAUGACGUUGGGAUUGCUGCGUAGACGGCCUAACGGCGAAUGGCUCGAGUCGUACUUCAGCGCUUCUCAGCGCAAGCUAAAGGACUGUACGACAACCGACCUUGAAAUGCUCUCCGUCGCCCUGAACUCCCUCAAGAUUGCUGCUCCACAGUGUUGGCGCAAAGAGCUAUGCUCCGUAGCACUGGAGCGGGCUCAGGCGUCAUUGGCUGGGGCGUCUACGGCGGCGACGGAGCCGCCAGCAACCUCCUCCUUUGGCACAUGCGCCCCCGAGAACCAGCAAGACCUCGGAAACGCAGCUGCCGCGAAGUGCAGCAAUACCAUCGAUGGCGGCGGUGGUACUACCGAGCGUUUGCUGGGACCGGGGAUGGUGCUGUGGCGGCUCAUGCGUCGCGCCUCGGCUUCAGCGUCUGCUGCGUGGUCGCGCAGUCGCAGCAGCGGAGAGCUGGUAUCGAUGCUGCAUCACCUGGUGACCGCCAGGGCGCCCCUGGAGGGACAGUGGUUCAAUGGCUUCUUGGAGGCCAUGGUUCCACGCCUAGCUGACCUAUCAGGCGGCGACCUUAGCACUCUGCUUGCCGCGGUGGUCACGGCUAGCAGCAGCAACUAUAGCGAUGGCGCUCCGGAGAAGUGGAACGCUUAUAACUCAAUGUACGAUUACUACUGCGGCUGGGAUUACGGGCCGCGUCUUUCGGUGCAGCUAUCUCCCGGCUGGCAGGCGGCGCUGUACGCGCGCAUGGACGGCAUCAACUGGGCGCUGCAGGGGCACACCCUCGUAGCCUGCCUGGACUCCAUCUUCAUGCUGGGCCUCCGACCCCCGCCGCAGUGGGUGCGGCGGCAGCUGCUCAGCCUGCAGCCCAGCCUGCCGCUGCUGCAGGUGCAGCACCUGGUGCGGCUGGCGGACCUGCUGCUGGCGAUGCCGCUUCAGGCAGCCGUCCCGGCUCCGCCCGGGAAUCCGGCUGCGGCUCUGGCCCCGGGCCCAUGGCUGCCCCAGCCGCGGCCCCAACCGCAUGGGCACUUGCUCCAGGCUUCCUCAGCACCCCCUGGCCUGGAGCGUGAGGUUGUGGCGGCAGCAGGUUCACAGGGCAGCGGCAAUGGAGGGAGGGCAGAGUCCGAGGAGCAGCAACACUGGCUGGAGAGCUGGAUGGACGACUACCGUGCCGUGGUUUCGGAGUACCAGGAUGGCAUGAGUGUCGCGAACCUUCUGGCGAUCCUGGCAGCAGCCGACGCUGUAGCUGCUGCUUCCUCCGCACCAGCUACGGUAACCGCCACAGGCGGGACCGUUGCUCCACAAGCUGAAGCACCUGCUCCAGAGUCCUCUUCCGCAUCCAAACCUGCUGUCAUGACAGCUACAGCCGUCGCACCCAGGCACUACAACUUUGCCUCUGUCAUGUCGUACGGGUCCUCCUCGGAUGAGGAUCAUUUGCCUGCAGACACCGAUAUGCCCCUGCCAUAUGUAGAAUGGCGCAGUGCAAUGGUCACGGCGGUAACGGAGCGGCUGCCUGGGUUGAGCGUGAGAGAGCUGAGUGACGCAUGGCGGGCGCUGGCCGUUGCGCGCUCCAUGGGCGUGGCCGAUUGCGUAUUCCAGCAGCCGCAGCAACAGCAGCAAGAGUGGCAGCAGGAAGAGGAGCAGCAACAGCAGCAACCGGGGCAGCAUGAGAACGUGCAAUGCGCUGCUGUUGCUGGAGCAACGGCUGCAACAGUUGGGCUGGGCGAUCUGCGGCAGCUUGUAGCUGAACGGAUGGUUCUCAACCGCACCCGGCUUUCUGCCCUCGAGGUGGCCCCCGUCUUCUCCACCCUCGCUGCCUCCGGCCUACCCCCGCCAACCGCCACUCUGGACGCCCUGCUAGCCGCCUCGCAACCGCUGCUGCCCGAACUUGCAACCGCAGACAUCGUCACCGUCGUACAGUCCCUUGCGCAGGUCCCCUACAAACCCAACCUGGCCUGGCAGCCCGCGUUCUUCGCCGCUAGCCGGGCGAAAAUGCACGACAUGCAACCGCGAGCGCUGUACACCUUGCUGACCAGCUCCGUCAGCCUGGGCAUGCAUGUGCCGGAUGUUUGGGUCCAGGAGUUCUUCACUACGCCCAUCUGGAGGGAGCUGGAAGGCACUGAGCUGGCGAACGUGUUGUGGGCGGUGUCGUGCGUGGCAUCGGAGGCGCCGAAGUGGUGGUUCCAGAGCUGGGAGAACGAAACAGUACGGGAGCUGGGAACCAUGGAGCCGGAUGUGCUGGUGAUGGUGCUCAAGGCCAUGUCGACGCUACACCAUAAGCCAUGUCAGCUUUGGCAAGCCGCCUUUUUUGGAGCCAUAAGGAGGCGCCUGUUUAAGCCCGAAGCAGCGAAGCUGCGAUGGACAACCACCGUCGGUCCCGUCGCCUCUAACGCUGCCGCCACCGCCACCGUCGCAACUUGUGCAACCACUGAACCUGGAACCGCGGCGGUAGACCUCUCAGAAGACCGUCAGGCAGCAGCGGCCUGGCAGCAACAACUUGACCACCUCUCUGCAUCCGCCCCUUCUGCAUCCCUAGCCGCUGGCGGCGCUGCUCCAAGCAGCAGCACCCAUGUUGACAUGCGAACUGCCUCUACCACAUCUCCUGCCACCAUCACCACCACCAACAACAAUAGCAACAACAACAACACCAAUACCACCGCGGGUUCUGUAGCUGCUGCUGCAUCAGCAGAAGCAUCCGCGGUGGAUGGUUCCUCCAGCACCGAAGCCACCACCGCCGCUGCUACCAGCACAACCGCGUUCAGCUCCAGCUCCGCAGCCCACGGAAGCUUACCAGUAAGCCGCUCCGGAACCACAACCGAAACCAACAACCAGCCCCAGUACUCCGCCCUGCUGGCUCCCACCUUUACCGCCGCGGCGCUCAACAGCCUGGUGUACAGCCUGGCAGCGCUGGACAUGGAUCCGCCUUCCGAGUGGUUGGACGAGCUGAUGGAUGCCGUACGCUGCAAGCUGAGCCUGCUGAGCACGCUGGACAUGUCAGUGGUGCUGGCUUACUUGGUGGCGCGGAAGCACCGCCCCAGCGACGACUGGUGGGAGAGCUUCCUGGAGUCGCUGGAGUCUCGCUUCUCCUCGCUGUCCGCCGUGGAGCUGUCGACGCUGCUGGUGAUGCUGCACGCGCUGCAGGUGUCGCCCGCCGCGCAGUGGCUGGAUGCCUUCUGCGCCGCAACGCAGCCGCGACUGGUCUGCUUCCAGCCCUCCCAGCUGCUGCAGGUGCUCAGCUGCCUUCACCUGUUCCGUCACCGCCCCAGCCAGUCCUGGCUCGCCUCCUACACCGCCGCGGUGGAGGCGCAGCUGCCGCGACUGGCGCCUGCCGAGCUGGCACGUGUGCUGAUGCUGCUGAACAACCUCAACCAGCGCCCCUCGGCGGCCUUCAUGCUGCGCUUCUUCGACGUGUCCAGACCGGGGAUGGCGCUGCUGGAUACACAGGAGCUGGUAAACGCGGCUUGGGCUGUGGUCAGCUGCUCCGUCGUGACGCCGGAUUACAGGUGGAUGGAUGCACUGGUGGAAGCCGCCCGGCCGCGCCUGGCGUCCCUGCAGCAGCCUCAGCUGCGUGUGCUGAUUGCAUCGUUGGGGCACAUGCACCGCGGCGUGCCCAACGCCACCGCGGAGAACUUCCUAGUGCUUGCAAAGGAGUUCCUCAUGUGAUGAGAUGGGUGUCGUCUGGUUUGCGAAGGGAGCAGCUGUAACCUCAUGCGUGGACUGGUGAGGGCGGAGCGGCCCGAUAAGUGAUGAUCACUCGCUUGGUGAUCUCUUGCUUGGUCCAUGAUUACGGUGGUGAUAUGCACAGCCGAGAGGAAGGCACUGCUUGCGAACGGAAAGCCGCCGCCAAGUAAACUGCCCGUGGAUUGUGUGGCUCGCGAUCACAGUCAAGGCGCGUGCGAGGUGAAAGUAUGUUUGUGACGCGGAUAGCUGGCAGGAAGCAGCUGCUGGGCUGCUGGGGGCUUGCAUGGGUGGCAUGGCGGCAUGGAUGGGGCCUACGUACCCUCGGGACUGAAGCAUGGGUGUUGGCACGGGGCCCUCUCCGCCGGGGGAGUCUCAUUUGCAUGUGUGCCUGCAUCUUACCCCCAUAUGGAGUACGGACGCCCGCCGUACUCGUCCCACGAGCUGCUGCAAGUAUGUACAGAGAGCUUCUGCAUACGGUCAUCAUGCAGUAGACGCAGUAUAUUUAACGGUCAGGAUGAAUGUAUUGUAAGUCCCAGGGGGCAGCUUGGUCCUACCUCUUUAGUUUGUAGAGCGGUGGGUAUGUUCGUACCGCCAUGUUAUCCUUGUGUCAUGGUUGUAUUACUAGUGGUGAUCGUUUCAGAGAUCCGUAUGCUUUAUGUCCCCUUAGAGCGGUAGCAGGAGUUAAUAUCAGGCUCGUACUUCUGUACGUGCCCGUGUGCUCGUGACGUCGAGAGAUACUUAGAAGGUAGCCGCCUUACCUAGCACGGGACGUAUUGCCGUAUCUCUGCCCUAGGCUUCAGGUGUUCACGGAUCAUGCAGAAUCUAGCAUUCUUUCCUAUCUUGCUUUGAACUCUUCCUCACCUUCGGAUUGCAUUUUGUCACCUGCAAGAGUAUUGUUGUACCAUAGCAUGUGUACCUUAAUGGGAUGCAGGAUCUUGGCUAUAGUGCCUAUUCACAGGAUUGACUGCCCUUUGGCGAUAGGACAAGAUCUGGAUUCACGUCCUGAUUGGGCGUGCCAUGGAAGGGGGCUUACUCGCCACUUGAUUGAGCCGAUUUCUGCCAGCCUUCUCCGCAGGCUGUUUGGCACUCUUCCCUCUCUUGUAACCGACCUCUUUUGUACCUAGCUCUUGUUAGUUCUCUGUUGUUGUACCCUACCCUUGAUUUCCAAUACUACCUAGGAUUGCAG